GGCCACUUCCAUUACAUACCUAGGUAGUUUAUAUCAUACCACUGCAAUGAAAUAUCUAUCGCCGUGCGAUUCAAGUUGUACUGAUUAAAUUCAAUCGUUUUAGAAAUUAGAGAAGAAAAAUGACCUCAACAACUACCGUAGCUCCACCAGGCCUACGCUUGGGAUGGAUCGGCCUCGGCAGCAUGGGCAGUGCUAUGGCAAAGAAUAUCCAUAGGUAUCUUUCAUCUCAGGGGCGCGAGCCGUUACGAUUUUUCAACCGGACAGCUUCCCGUGGCGAUACGCUCGCAGCACUUGGAGGAAUUCGGCGCCAGGAUGUAGUGCAAGUUGCCAGCGAAAGCGAUGUGAUAUUCAUAUCAGCAAGUGACGACAAAGCCGUGGAGUCAAUUAUAGCACAGAUCCUAGAUUCGGGGGAUGUAACGGACAAGAUCGUGGUUGAUACCACUACUAUCCACCCUGAUACUACCAAGGCGCUGGCUGCAAAGUUGAAAGAUAGGGGUGCUGAGUUCGUUGCUGCGCCUGUGUUCGGUGCGACGCCGGUGGCUGAAGCAGGACAACUACUCGUCGCAUUCGGAGGCUCGAAUGCUGCUUACGAAAAAGUCGGCCCUUUUCUUAAAGGAGUCAUCGCUCGCGAAGUCUUGCUCGUCGGCGAGGAGCCUGAAAAAGCUACUUUGCUAAAGACAACAGGAAACUUUCUCAUGGCCGGACUUAUGGAGCUCAUAGCAGAAGCGCACGUCUUCGCCGAGAAGACGGGGCUGGGCUCGGCCGCACUAGAACGCCUGCUGGAGCUCAACUUCGGCACCGUCGCGCACUCGGACUCGGUUCGUAUGACGACGGGUGUAUACGCCCCAGGGAAAGACCAGGCGCCGUGGUCGGACCUGGAACUCGCGCUCAAGGACGUAGGACACGGAGUUGACUGCGCCGCGCGCGCAGGUGUCCGGCUUGAAGUUGCUAAUACGGCGCUCGAGCACCUACGUAGGGCGAAGGGGUACUCGGAAAGAAAUGGGGGCAGGAGGCUUGACUCCUCGUCGUUGUAUGGGGUUGUGAGGGAAGAUGCGGGACUAGAUUUCAGGACGGAGUUUAUAAGGAAGCGGGAUGGGGAAGAAUAGGUCCUGCGUAAGGAAACUUUUAUUUACAUUCAUGAUUGAUAUCCCGCAGAACGUCAGGAUAGUUGAUGAAUCCAAAUAGAUCUAAUACUUUCCUAUGACAUCUUGCAAGAUCUGAGUGGCUAGGUACUAUAUUCAGUAUAUUGAUGCGAGAUAGUGGUACAAGA